GAUGACCGGAACCGGAAGUAUACACAGAAGAAAGCGGCUCGGUUCAGCAAGAAAUUCUGAUCGUUCGUUGAGCAAUUUUGCCUAGAUUAAUAUGUCUGGAACUGCCUCGGUUGCGGGGGAAGUGUUUGUUGAUGCCUUACCUUAUUUUGACCAAGGUUAUGAUGCUGCUGGUGUCAGAGAAGCUGCUGCAGCAUUAGUUGAGGAGGAGACCAGAAGAUACAGACCAACCAAGAACUACCUGAGCUACCUGCCUACGCCUGAUUUUUCUGCUUUUGAGACUGAAAUUAUGAAGAAUGAAUUCGAUCGCCUGGCAUCUCGGCAACCCAUGGAGCUCCUCAGCAUGAAGAGGUAUGAGCUGCCAGCACCGUCUGCAGGUCAGAAGAAUGAUAUCACAGCUUGGCAGGAGUGCGUGAAUAACUCUAUGGCCCAGCUAGAGCACCAGGCGGUUCGCAUCGAGAACCUGGAGCUCAUGUCGCAAUAUGGAACCAAUGCGUGGAAAGUCUACAACGAUAACCUAGCCUUCAUGAUCGAGAUGGCUCAAAAGGAACUUCAGAAAUUCAGGAAACAAAUUCAGGAUUUGAAUUGGCAACGUAAAAAUGACCAAUUAGCCGGAGGAGCCAAACUUCGAGAGCUGGAGUCAAACUGGGUGUCGCUGGUCAGCAAGAACUACGAGAUCGAGCGGGCCAUCGUGCAUCUCGAAAACGAAAUCGGUCAGCUCAAACAGCAGCAGGGGGAUGAGAACAAGGAGAACAUCAGGCAGGAUUUUUGACUUCAUCCUGGAAUUACCUACAAACUUAUUCCUUUUGUCAGACACGUACCACCCCCGCCCCCUUUUUUUUUUUUUUUAAAUAUAAACACAAUGACAAAAGCGAGGCAAACUGGAGGAAAGCCAACAUUUGGAAAGGUGAGUCUUUCAGAGCAGACCAAGGAGGGAAGUUAACGAUGCUGGAAAACGUUCUAUUUCAAGCUUUGAGUCGAUAUGAAUGAGGGAGGUCAACCUGAUUGAUUGUUUCCUGUCACAUUGCCUUUUACCAGCAGCUCUCGUCAUCAGCUCCUUUUUUAUGGGAUUUUAAUAAAGUCAAUGUUUAUUUCCUAAAUU